AUGGUCAACUUUGAAAAGUCAACACAAUUAGAAGAGGCAGAAGAUGAAUAUGAUUACUUGUUCAAAUUGGCGCUGAUAGGCGAUUCAGGAGUGGGAAAAUCCAAUCUUCUAUCAAGGUUCACCAAAAACGAGUUCAAUCUUGAGUCCAAAUCCACUAUUGGAGUUGAGUUUGCCACCAGGAGUCUUAAUAUUGAUGGUAAAGUCAUCAAAGCUCAGAUUUGGGACACUGCUGGCCAAGAAAGAUAUCGUGCCAUAACUAGUGCUUAUUAUCGAGGAGCUGUUGGUGCUUUGCUUGUAUAUGAUGUGACUCGACGUCCUUCCUUUGAGAAUGCUGUGAGAUGGCUGAAAGAGCUGAGAGAUCAUACAGACCCUAAUAUAGUAGUAAUGCUCAUUGGCAACAAAUCAGACCUACGACAUCUCGUGGCCAUCUCAACUGAGGAUGGUAAAGAUUUAGCAGAGAGGGAGAGCCUCUACUUCAUGGAAACUUCUGCAUUGGAAGCAACUAACGUCCAUAAUGCAUUCACUGAAGUCCUCACUCAGAUGUACAGGAUUGUGAGAAAGAAGGCUGUCGAGGCUGGUGAUGAGACUGCUACUUCCUCAGUUCCAUCUAAAGGAGAGACGAUUAAUGUCAAAGACGACACCUCUACUUGGAAGAGACUAGGAUGUUGUUCAAGCUGGGGAAAAAUAGCUCCUCUCGUUUCUUGUACAUUUUCUUCACAUCAUCUUUCCCCUUAUCUGGUUUGUUUGUUUACUGUAUUCUGUUGA